GACAUCCAGCAGAGAGGCGGGGGAUUGCGAACCGAGAGGCUGACUGGAGCUGUGCUGCGGGCUCCACCGGACUAGAAGCCGCUCUAACGGGUCUGGUGAUCCUCCUUCCAGCGGCGGACGCGGAGCCCACAGGGCCGGACCUACAGCAGCCGUUCCUGGUUUGGUGAAACAUGGGAAGCCCCCUAGGGCCUGGCCGGUGAGCAGCUGAGGGUCAAAGUUAAAGCACUUGCUCCUGGAGUCAUGGCGGACAGAGAGGGGCUCGCCAUCGCCCCGGGUCAGGUUUACGUUGAAGUGGAGUAUGACUAUGAGUACAAGGCUAAGGACAAGAUGGUGACCAUUCGCCAGGGAGAUUGUUACAUGCUGGUAAAGAAGACCAAUGAGGACUGGUGGCAGGUUAGGAAGGAGGAAGGUGCAAAAGCCUUUUAUGUUCCGGCGCAGUACGUCAAGGAGGUGCGGCGGGCACUAAUGCCCCCCCAGAAACCAGCCCUGAGAGCCAAGCCCACUGUUUUGGACAUUUGCCGGGAAUCCAACGAGAACCUCAACAGGCCUCAGCCAGAAAUGUCCAGUUUCGGCCGCCCGUCACCUUCCUCCACCCCUUCGCCGUCCUCUGACCGCGUCACGCCGCCCGUUCUCCCAAAGGACGCCAACCAGAACCUAGGAAGCCCCCACCACUGCAAGCUGGUGGCAGAACUAGUUCUCCUCCACAACAAUAACAACCACCCCCACGGCAACAACUCUUCGUUGCCACGGACACGAGCCGAUUCGCCACCGCUCAGAGUGGGAAGUAGACACAGUAAGAGUCCAGAUAGCGAGAAGAGCUUGGCUUCGGGCGAGGUGCCAGGAGAGGGGUCCGUCAAGCACCGCAACGACUCGGAGUCUGGAGACGAGCUCAGCAGCAGCUCAACGGAACACAUGCAGACGACAUCGCCCACGGGUCCGGGCCGCUCAGACUCGCCGGUCUACACCAACCUCCAGGAGCUGAAGAUCUCCCAGUCCAGCCAGCCGCCCGUCCCUUCAGGCUCCCCGCUCCACGUCCUGGGUGACUGGGAGACCCACAAAGACCUGAGCGGGAGGUAUUUCUACUACAACCGGGCCAGCGGAGAGCGCACCUGGAAGCCGCCGCGCUCCAGAGACACCUGCAGCAGCAUCAGCAGCGUCCGAGGAGACAGCCCAGGAACGGCGGAGAGCGAGCCUCUGUCCUCAGAGGACAACUGCCACAGCACCCAUUCCAGCCAGUCAGACAGCCAGUACGGAUCGCCCCCUAGAGGCUGGUCGGAGGAGCUGGACGAACACGGACACACCCUCUACGUGUCCGAAUACACGCAGGAGAAGUGGAUCAAACACGUGGACGAACAGGGCCGGCCGUACUACUACAGCGUGGACGGAUCCAGGUCAGAGUGGGAGCUGCCCAAGUAUAACAUCUCCCCUCAGCCCGGAGAAGUUCCUAAGAGUCGCAGUUUGGAGAGGAAGCAGCCGGAUCCCAUCGUCCUCACCAAGUGGAGACACAGCACCUACGUCUUAGACCUCAACGACAAGGAGUGUGCUUCGGCGCCCAAGCACAGCUCUCCAGACUCUGACUCCUGCCCAUCAUCUCCUAAACUCCCGUCAUCCCCCUCUGAGAAGUGUGGAGUGCUCAAUGUCACUAAAAUCACAGAGAAUGGAAAGAAACUCAGGAAGAACUGGACGUCCUCCUGGACCGUGCUGCAGGGUUCCUCCCUCCUCUUUGCGAAGGGGCAGGGGGGCAGCGCCUCCUGGUCGUACUGCCGCAGCGGCUCCAUCCCAGAGCUGCUCCUCACUCUCCUUAGCAGCUGGAAGCGCUCGGUCAAGCCCCGCCCCGCUGUCUGCUAUGUGAACUGUGGGCCUGUGCAGGCUGCUGCUAAAUUUGGCAGUAAUCAGUCCAAGCCCGAGUUCACGGUUGAUCUGCGCGGCGCCUCGGUGGAGUGGGCUUCCAAGGAGAAGUCCAGCAAGAAACACGUCAUCGAGCUGAAGACCCGUCAGGGGACAGAGCUGCUGAUCCAGUCUGAGAUCGACAGCGUCAUCAAUGACUGGUACCGGGCCCUAACCGAGACCAUCAACACUCAUGCUUGGGAGUCCGAUGAAGCCAUUGAAGAAGACAUGCCAGAGUCUCCGGGGGCAGAGAAACAGGACAAAGAGAAGGACCAUCGGGACUCCAAGAAACACAGAAUGAUGAAGAACUCUGUGAGCAUGGACUCAUCGGACCAGAAGAAGACCAGGAUGAAGCUCAAGAAGUUCCUCAUAAGGCGUCCAACUUAUCAGGCUGUCAGAGACAAAGGAUACAUCAAAGACCAGGUGUUUGGCUGCAGUCUGAGCAGUCUGUGUCAGCGGGAGAACACGUCCGUGCCCAACUUUGUCAAGAUGUGCAUCGACCACGUGGAGAACACAGGUCUCAGUGUGGACGGCCUCUACAGAGUGAGUGGGAACCUGGCGGUGAUCCAGAAGCUCCGCUUCGCCGUGAAUCACGAUGAGAAGGUGGACCUGAACGACAGCAAGUGGGAGGACAUCCACGUCACCACCGGAGCUCUGAAGAUGUUCUUCAGGGAGCUUCCUGAGCCGCUCUUCACGUACGGAUCCUUCGGUGACUUUGUCAACGCCAUCAAAUGCUCCGACUACAAGCAGCGACUGAAUUCAGUCAAAGACUUGAUCAAGAAGCUGCCGAAACCCAAUCAUGACACAAUGCAGGCUCUGUUCAAACACCUGCGCAGAGUGAUAGAGCACGGAGAGGCCAACCGCAUGACCACCCAGAGCGUCGCCAUCGUGUUCGGACCCACGCUGCUGCGGCCGGAGACGGAGACGGGCAACAUCGCCGUCCACAUGGUCUACCAGAGCCAGAUCGUGGAGCUGAUCCUACUGGAGUAUGAGAGCGUGUUCGGGAGGUAGAAGAGGAGGAGCCUUCCUCUGGGUUCCCCCAAACUCAGACUCUCUUCUUCCUCUCUUCCGUUUGUUUGCUGCGGAGCGAGCAGUCGGGAGGAAUAAAAGAAUAAAUAAAUAAAAUGAACCGUUUAAAAAAGUGUUGCACUUACAAGGAAUUUGGGGAUGAGUUCAGGAAAUAAAAUUAGAUGUAUAGACGUUGCCCCCCCCUUCUUUUUUUUUUGUUUUCCAGUUGCCAUUCCUGCUGCGAGUAGCGGGCCGAUGACGGACAUGCUUUCAGAAUGUUGCCGUGGUGAUGUGCGGACGUCUGUGUGAGUUGGUG